AUGAACCAAUAUGAUGAUAAUAGGGACACAUGCCCCAUCUGUAAGACAGAUAGAUACCUUUCACCCGAUGUAAAAUUUUUGGUGAAUCCGGAAUGCUAUCAUAAGAUUUGUGAGAAUUGUGUGGAUCGUAUAUUCUCUUUGGGUCCUGCUCCUUGCCCAUAUAAGGGUUGUGAUAAGAUUCUAAGAAAGAAUAAGUUUAAGACACAAGUGUUUGAUGAUGUUGCUGUGGAGAAGGAAGUGGAUAUUAGGAAACGUGUGUUUAAUGUGUUCAAUAAAACUUUGGAUGAUUUUGACAACGAUUUGGAUAAAUAUAAUAAAUAUUUGGAGCAAGUGGAAGAUAUUAUAUAUAAUCUAGAUCAUGGAAUCGAUGUGGUGGAAACAGAGGAGAAGUUGCGGAGUUAUGAGGAGUUAAAUAAACAGUUAAUCCUGAACAACAUUGAAAGGAAUAAGAAAGAUUUAGAAAAUUUCGAACAAAGGAAUAAAUUUGAAAAAGAGAUGAAGUUAAAGAAAAGAAUGUUGGAGAGACAAAUAGAGGAGGAAGACAGAUCUAACAAGGAAUGGGCUAAAAAGGAGAUUAUAAAUAGACUUUCGCAAUCUAAUGAUGCGGAGGAGGUUAUUGAAGGUGUUAAGAACACUGUAAAGUUAAAGAAAUCCAGUGCUAGAAGGAAACUGGAUGAACUAAACAGAGUGCUGAAGAACAAUCCAUAUUUUGCCUCCUCAAAUCCUAAUAGUAACCAGAAUUUAAUGCUGUUAAGGAAACAAAAGGAAAUGGAAUCAUCUAUACCGUUUACGCCGUUUAAUGGUGAUAGAAAUACUAUACCCAGAUUUAAAUUGGAUGAAAAAUUGUAUAGUGAUCCAUUCAUCAAAGAUUUAGAGAAUAGGAAAGAGUUUGUGGCAUCAGGGUUUAGAACGGAUUAUGUUUAUGAAAGAGUCCUUACUGAAGCAUUUAUGGGUCUAGGAUGCAUUAUUUCAGACGAACUUUAA